GGUGCUUUCGUCCACGAGCACGCGCAGCAGAGCACCAAUCCGAGAGAAGUACUAGAACAUGCAAAGGCACGAAAGCCGAACCAAAACAAACAACUGUCAAACUUUUGUUGUGAUUUUGCGAAAAUUCACGGCGUUCGCGACAUCACACAAAAAUGGACACCCUGGAGGUGGAGGAUUUCGACUACGGCGAGCUGAAGAACGACACGGCUUUCAUCAACAAGAACGAAACCCUGUCGCAGUGUAUCGAGCGGAUCCGACAGAAUCUGGCCAUUGCACGGGAGGACUACAAAAACUACGAGGCGUUCACGCUGGAGGAGAAGGUCAAGUACGAUCUGCAUCUGUCGUACAGCAUCAACUCGCUGUACUGGAUGUACUACAAAAUCAUCGGAUUGGAUCCGAACAAGCACGGCAUCAAAGAUGAACUGACGCGAAUCAAGGCGGCCAUGAUGCGGGAGAAGGAAAUCUACGACCACCGGUACAACCGGCCAACGCUGGACCAGGGAGCCGCCAAGCGGUUCGUCCGGGCCGGGCUGUUCGAUCAUAAGAAUCGUCCUAAACCAAUGGACACGGCAGACACACCGCCAAACAAGAAGAUCCGCUUCGAAGACUAGAUGGAGAGAGAGAGGGGCCACUAAACACUUCUUUUGCUUAGAAAACACGCUUCCUGGGGGGUACAAAUAUUCUAUUAUUUUUUUUUGUAAAUGUAAUUUCUUGUAACGCCUAUCCAUACAGUAGGCUGUUUAGAUGUAAUUCGUCUACUUUGCGCCAAAAAAAAUGGAAACGAUUCCGCGUGUUACGCGAGAUUUACUGAGAAUUGACUCCUAUAAAGAGAUCUUUAUGGUAAAUAUAUAAUCUUAAAACUCAA